CCUUCGCACAGGCUCGAGGUGAGAUGAUGGCGGCUGCGGCGGUGGCACGAGCGGUGGUGUUGCCCGCGGUGCGGCGGAGGCUCUGCGGUUUCACCGAGAGGCUCCUGGCCGGAGGUGCUGCCAGGCGGUCACUAUAUUUUGGAGGAAACAGAUUGAGAAGUACACAGGCUGCUACACAAGUUGUUCUGAAUGUCCCUGAAACACGCGUAACCUGUUUGGAGAACGGACUCAGAGUGGCCUCUGAAGACUCUGGGCUCUCAACGUGCACAGUUGGGCUCUGGAUUGAUGCUGGAAGUCGAUAUGAAAAUGAGAAGAAUAAUGGAACAGCUCACUUUCUGGAGCAUAUGGCUUUCAAGGGCACCAAAAAGAGAUCCCAGUUAGAUCUGGAACUUGAGAUUGAAAACAUGGGUGCUCAUCUCAAUGCCUAUACCUCCAGAGAGCAGACUGUAUAUUAUGCCAAAGCAUUCUCUAAAGAUUUGCCAAGAGCUGUGGAAAUUCUUGCUGAUAUAAUACAAAACAGCACAUUGGGAGAAGCAGAGAUUGAACGUGAACGUGGAGUAAUCCUUAGAGAGAUGCAGGAAGUUGAAACCAAUUUACAAGAAGUUGUUUUUGAUUAUCUUCAUGCCACAGCUUAUCAAAAUACUGCACUUGGACGGACAAUUUUGGGACCAACUGAAAAUAUCAAAUCUAUAAAUCGUAAGGACUUAGUGGAUUAUAUAACCACACAUUAUAAGGGGCCAAGAAUAGUACUCGCUGCUGCUGGAGGAGUUUCCCAUGAUGAACUGCUUGAGUUAGCAAAGUUUCAUUUUGGUGACUCUUUGUCCACACACAAAGGAGAAAUACCAGCUCUGCCUCCCUGCAAAUUCACAGGAAGUGAGAUUCGAGUGAGGGCUGACAAGAUGCCUUUGGCACAUCUUGCAAUAGCUGUCGAAGCUGCUGGUUGGGCACAUCCGGAUACAAUCUGUCUCAUGGUUGCAAACACACUGAUUGGCAACUGGGAUCGCUCUUUAGGAGGAGGAAUGAAUUUAUCUAGCAAGCUGGCCCAGCUCACCUGUCAUGGCAACCUCUGCCAUAGCUUCCAGUCUUUCAACACUUCCUACACAGAUACAGGAUUAUGGGGCAUCUAUAUGGUUUGUGAACCAGCCACUGUUGCAGACAUGCUACAUGUUGUUCAAAAAGAAUGGAUGCGACUCUGUACAAGUGUCACUGAAAGUGAAGUUGCACGAGCCAAGACUCUUCUGAAAACAAACAUGUUGCUGCAACUUGAUGGUUCCACUCCCAUCUGUGAAGAUAUUGGUAGGCAAAUGUUAUGCUAUAAUCGAAGAAUUCCCAUCCCUGAGCUUGAAGCAAGAAUUGAUGCUGUAAAUGCUGAGGUAAUUCGAGAAGUGUGUACCAAAUAUAUUUAUGAUAAGAGUCCAGCUGUUGCUGCUGUUGGUCCCAUUGAGCAGCUACCAGAUUUUAACCAGAUUUGCAGUAACAUGUGCUGGCUUCACGAUUAAAAUGCUCCUAAUAAACAUUUUGAACAUAUAUAUUUAUAAAACCGAGGCCUGCAAGUCCUAAAGAAAAAAAAAAUGAACAUCUAUACUGGUAAAUAUGAAUGAAAUACUAUCUCAGACUUUGAAAGAAUAAGACCACCACAAUGAAUGGUAGAUCUCUGAGCUCUGAGAAAUUAUACUGGAACAACACACUUUAAGUAUAGUUUUAAGAAUAAAAUUUUGUACAGUAUUUUUAGUUUUAUUAUAAAAAUGCACACACAACAAAGAUUGUCAUAAGUCAUUUCUUGCCUCUACUUGCAUUCAGCACUUGCUCUUGAGCAGCUUUCUUUGCUUUCACCAUUUCCACAAGUUCCUAGGAAGGGAGAAAGAUGUUACUUACACCAAGAAGUUGUCAGAAUUUGCGGACAUUUCUAGUGUUUGGUAUAAGUAUGUAAAACAUCCAAACUGGGAUAAAUCUGUACUGAAAAGGUUGAUUUUCUCUAGUAACUGCCAGAACUGGAAAGUUUCUAAGGUUGGUUAUUUCUAAUAUUGGCCCCACGACUACUGUGGUAUUGAAUAAGCACGAAAACAUAAUUUAAAUCAUAAUGGAAUCUAUACACUAAAGAUCUACAACCUUA